GAUCUUCACAUGUUAUGAGUUAGAACACCAUCAAGGAUAUGAGUCGACGCAAUCAAAUAGAUUUGGGCAUAAUACACCCCCUCAUUCUUAUGACAUUUGUUCCCGUAAUAACUGGCAGUGGAUACGGAUUCGAUUCUGCGUCAUCCUGUGAUCCAAAUAUUUCUAGAAAGAGCCGGUCUUCUCAGUUGCUUCAGACUAUUCCAUGCGAUUUAAGUAUACAGGCAUACUGCAAUUUACCAGGAUCUGCUUACCCGUGGCAUGCAGUUCGUCGGUUUGUUCAUGAAAAUCAAGGACUGAUGCGAAGAAUGUAUGGAGACGUACGUCAUAUUUCUAUUUUGAAGUCUGAAAUCGAGAGUAACGAAAUUGACAUAGAUGAUAUACACCAUGCUGCAGAACGUUACUCACGGAAAGAUGCAUCGAAGAAAAUGAAACAUGUUCAUUUUUCUCAUUACGAACAUGGGAAGGAAAAAUUUAGUGACGUAAUAACAGAACCACAUUUCAGACCGUCUCAAAGAGGUAGUACUGUAAAAACAAACAUGAGUGCAGCACCCACGACAACUGUGCCCUCUUCAACAACUAUAAGUGCCAAGCAAUCAACAAACACAAGCAAGCCCUCAUUUCUAAAUAUUACAAUUAACGAAACUCCUGUAGCAUUUACCACAAUUUUACAGGAAAAUACUAGUGAUAGCUCAUCUGCUAGUAGAGAUAACGAAAAGAUUGAUAUAGAAAAGCUUUCUGCUCUUGCUAAUUUGGAAACCAGUGAUACGGUGCGAGCUAACGAAUCGCUUGCUAUACUGGAAAGCACUACACAAAACAAUAACAGUACUGAUAAUACGAUAAAGACUAUUCCCAGUAGCACAGAGAUACCACAGGUUCCGCCAAUAAAUAAUUUGGAAACAAAUUCUACCGUACGUCCUUCUGUAAAAAUCGACGAGGAAACUAUAAUACAUGGAAAUAGUUCUGAGAAAGACAUUCAAGCAAAUUUUACAACUGCAAGCAUGAAUUCAACAGCAACAAAGAUUGACAUUACGAAUGUAGUUAAAACUACAACGAAAAAACCAGAAGGGCAGCUAUUUCAAGAUACAGCACAAAAGGAACCAGCUGUUCUCAAUAUGAAAGGAGUCAAUGCAUGUCCCGUGAAAGAAGAGGUGGUAGCUCCGUUUUGGGCUAAUAAUACACGAGGAGAGGUGCUAGCAUUAUUGAAUCUGUAUCCUUUCGAACAGUACGUCCAUUGGGAAAAAUGUGCUUUUGAAUUUAAACAAAUGUACUGUCGUGAAGGCUGCCGAUGUGAACAACAAUACAGAUUACAUCGAUUAUUAGCGUAUGACCCACACAAUGAGUGUAGAGGUAUAUUCUCGGACUGGUUUAGGUUCCCAUCAUGCUGUAUAUGCAAAUGUUACGAUCUUCCUUUCGACUAUCGUGUGACGUCUAGGAGUCCAAGGACGGUAAUUAAAGAAUCAAUCCACUAUGUUGAGGAUGAUUUACAAAAUGCGAUAUAUGAACAUGCCACUGAUGAUUGGUAUCGUCCAAAAAAUUCUGGGCAUGGUUGA